AUGGAGAAUCUGAAUUCCAAAUAUAUACCACACAAACCACUGCUAGACUUAAACAAUUCGAUGGACUUUAUUGAAUGUACACAAAAUAUUCCAAAAGUAGGAGACAAAAAUAAUGUCAGCGAUAACAGCAGCUGGAAUUCGGAUGUAUUGCCAAAGAAAUUCAACAAAUGUCCACUUAAUCCUGUUCAUCUCUCACAAAAUGAUGAUAUUAGACAGACUGAAACGCAAGACACUAAGGCAAUUGUUCAGUUAUUACAACAUGAAUUCUCCAAUCGCGAAGAAAGCAAGCAGUAUUCAGAGAGGGAGAUCACCUACAAUAUACUAUUACGCAAACUGGUUGACCAGUAUCUGGACAGGACAGUUACCUAUUCCCAACAGCCUAAACGUAUUAUUUUCAUCUUGAAAUCUGUGCUUGAGAGAAAUUUCCCCGAGUACACUGAUUCAUUUCAUCGUGAAAGAAUAUGCACCUACUUGAAAGCGUGUAAACGUAAGGCAAAGAAAAAAAAUGGUGAACCAUAUGUGAGGAUAAAGGCACGUUAUCUGAAUGUUGGCACGGCAUCCAGAUUAGCCGAACAGAUCUAUCUUGAAGAACAUAACUAUUUGGUAAAUGCAAUCUCAAAUAUCAAUAAUAAUAAUAAUAAUGGUCGCUCACUAAACCAGUCAGUAACACCCAGUGAUUACUAUGAGAAUAGGAGACAUGAGAUUCCAAAUUUCAAUACAUUCUUGAACCAGCACAACCAACGACAAGAUCAAAGUCACCGUCUUGAAUUAGCACAAAACAGAUCACCUGCAACCUCGCAUAUACUCAACAAUAAUGUUAUUUUGAAGGGGACCGAUAACAGUAAUAUUCCUAUAAAUUCUUCUGGUGACCCAAUUUCUAUUUCACGCAAUCCCAUGUCUCAACAGUAUAUUAAUGGACUUGCACUUGCCAAGUUGUGGGAACAAAUAGCUCAGUCUCUUCUGUUUAUGGCUGAUUGUUUAGAUGCUGGUCAAGAUAUGUUUUCAAACAAUCAACCUUCUAACGGCAAAAUAUAG